UGUGCCUACAUAUUCUUGUUAACCCACAUCUCUCCCCGAGUGUCACCAGUCGUCCGCAGAACUCUACUUAGGACCUCGUGUCCCCCACAUCAUCCAGCACAGCCCACUAAAAGUACGACUCGCCAGGGCCACCCACAAGCAUGCCCACCCCAACUACCGACGGCGCUGGAGGCCCUGCGAGUGUGGAGGAGCUGGACGUGCUGAUCAUCGGCGCGGGUCUCUCCGGCGUCAACAGCGCAUAUCGCAUCAGGGAGGCCUUUCCCGACGUCCGCUAUGCCAUCCUCGAGAGGCGCGAGGUGAUGGGCGGCACCUGGAACUUCUGGAAGUACCCGGGUGUCCGCUCCGACAGCACUCUCGCCCUUUUUGGCAUGCCAUGGCACCCCUGGCCCCACGGCACCGACUUUGCCUCGGCCGAGCUAAUCAAUGAAUACAUCUCCGACGCCGCUGCCAGCCAGGGCAUCGACAAGCACAUCCGCUUUCGCCACGAUGUGCAGGACGCCUCCUGGUCCAGCGAGGAGCAGCGUUGGACGCUGACGGUCAAGGUUCCCGCGCCCGGCGGUCAAGACACCAUGCGCACCUUCAAGGCCUCGUGGAUGAUCAUGUGCAGCGGCUAUUACAACUACGACAGCCCUCGCAAAUUCGAAAUCCCCGGCCUCGACCAUUUCGCCGGUCAGGUCGUCCACCCGCAGUUUUGGGACCCAGAAAAGGUCAACUACUGUGGCAAGCGUGUCGUCAUUGUUGGCUCCGGCGCUACCGCCGUCACCCUCCUGCCCAGCCUGGCCAAGGAGGCGUCCCAGGUGACGAUGCUCCAGCGCAGCCCGACCUACGUUAUGGCCUUGCCCUCGCGUGACCGCUGGACAGCAAGGCUCCGGAGCUGGCUUGGCCAGGAUAUCGGUGGAUACCUUGAUUGGUGGCGUCGGAUCUCGCUCGAGUUCCUCUUUGUCAAGUUCCUGCUGAGCUUCCCCAACGCUGGCCGCAAGGUGAUCACGGACGAGGCGAAGCGGCUACUGCCCAAGGACUUCCCAGUCGACAUCCAUUUUAAUCCAAGCUACAACCCGUUCCAACAGCGCUUGUGCUUCUGUCCUGAUGCCGACUUUUUCAAGGCCUUGUCCAAGCCCAACUGCGAGGUCGUGACCGCCACCAUCGAAACAUGCGAUACAUACGGCAUAAAGCUCCAACCAGGCCAGCAACCCAAAGGAGAUCAUAGCUACAAGCCACCUGCGCGCAUCGACGCCGACAUCAUCGUCACCGCCACGGGGCUGCACAUGCAGCUUCUCGGCGGCCGCGCGCCCAUUAUCGACGGCGUCCCGCACCCAAUCAACGAGAGCUAUGUCUGGCGUUCGUGCAUGCUGGACGGUAUCCCCAACGCCUGUGCUGUUAUAGGGUACACCGCGGCGACUUGGACACCCGGCGCCGACGUCCACAUCAAGACGGCGCUCAAGGUCAUGAGGCAUCAGCGCAAACUGGGCGCGACCUCGGUCGUUCCCUACAUCGAGCCCUCUGAGAGGAAGAAGAUGCCCAAACUCCCCGUCAUGCCCAACAACUCGACGUACAUCCUUGAGGGCAACGCCAGGAUGCCCAUGUCCGGGGGCAGGGACCCUUGGCGCAACGGGCAGAACUGGUGGGCGGAUUCUUUCGCGCUUUUGUUCGGCAGUGUGACGAAGGGAUUGCGCUACACCAUUCCUGUUGCUAAGGAGAAAUCAGUCUGAUUUAAACCCUCUGGCUGACGGUAUGCGCAUUCAACGUUUUCGUCCAAUUACGUUCUUUACUUCGAGUUGGUCGCCUUUCUGAAUCACGGCACCAGCCAGUGUUCUCUUCAUCCAUCACCAAAAUGAAUACAGUCAAUCAUGCAGCAUGAGGGCGAUGUUUCAAGCAAGUGUGUUAAUAACGAGAGCAGAGUCACCACAAUCAAGCAGUGCGUGCUUUUUAUAUCCAACUAGAAACUCCUA